GUACUUGUUAUGUAGUUACACCGCCCUCUGCCCCACCCACAUCGAAGUCUAUGAACACACCAUGCACACGCCUUUGAACGCUCAGGUGGAGACCGAAGUGGCGCAGUCCGGAUCAUGGAGGCCGGCACCCUCCCCACAGGUGGAGGUGAUGCGGAUCUAGCCGCCCUGAGCUCUGGGGCAGUGCAGCCCGGGACAGAAGGCGCUGGCACUGGAGACCCUGCUAAAGAUGAGUCAACAUGUCCUAUAGCAACAGGAGAUGGGGAGUGGAUUCACUCAGUUGAUAGCUCCGUGUCCUCAUCUGACAGUGAGGAUGAGGGCAUAGGCAAGAAAGAGAAGAAGAAAAAGCUCAAAAAGAAGAAAAAGAAGAAGGAUUCAGGUUCAUCUUCGUCGUCUUCAUCGUCAUCAUCCUCUUCUUCCUCCUCCUCUUCCUCCUCUUCCUCCAGUAGCUCCUCCGACAGUGAUUCAGACAGUGAGGAUGACAAGAAGAAAAAGAAGAAGAAGGACAAGGACAAGGAGAAGAAGAAAGAUGAAGACUCAGAAUAUGUCUGGGAAACUGUCAUAAUCACACAGGAUGGGGACAGGAUAGUGCAGCAGUCUGCCACGGAACCUGGAGAGAAAAAGGAUAAGAAGAAAAAGAAGGACAAGAAGAAGAAGGACAAGAAGAAGAAGAAAGACAAGAAGAAAAAGGACAAAAAGAAGAAAAAGAAGAAGGAUUCUUCUAGCUCUUCCUCAUCUUCCUCUUCGUCGUCAUCUGACAGUUCAUCCGACAGUGAGGACGACAAGAAGAAGAAGAAAAAGAAGAAGAAAAAGAAAAAAAAGAAGAAGGAUUCUAGCUCCUCUUCCUCCUCCAGCUCUUCCUCAUCCAGCUCCUCCUCUGACAGUGAUGAUGACAAGAAAAAGAAGAAGAAGAAGGACAAGAAGAAGAAGAAAAAGAAAAAGAAGGACAAGAAAAAGGACUCUAGCUCUUCUAGCUCGUCAUCUUCUUCAUCUUCAUCUGACAGUGAAAAGGACAAGAAGAAAAAGAAGAAGAAGGACAAGAAGAAGAAGAAAAAGAAAGACAAGAAAAAGGAUGAAGAGAAGAAGGAGCUGGGUGCAGAGAAUGCUGAUGGUGAGAUUCCAGGACCAAGCACUGAGCACAUGUAUGAAGUUGCUGAGAUGGACACUAAAGCGCUCAGUGCAAGAGAUGAAAUUCAAGAGGGUGUCUCUGAUCGGGCCAUCCCUUUCACGACCGGUAUCGAUGAGGGUAACCUCACGGAUGACGAGGGAGAGGGAGGAAAACCCGACAAGGACAAAAAGAAGAAGUUAAAGAAGAAGAAGAAGAAGGAGUCUGGCUCUGAUUCGGACAGUGAGGAUGAGGAUGACAAGAAAAAGAAGAAGAAAAAAAAGAAGAAGAAGAAAAAGAAGAAGAAGGACUCUAGCAGCUCCUCUUCCUCCUCUUCCUCCUCUUCCUCCUCUUCUGACAGUGACAGUGAUGACGAUAAAAAGAAAAAGAAGAAGAAAAAGAAAGAUAAGAAAAAGAAGAAGAAGAAAGACAAGAAAAAGAAGGAUUCUUCUUCUGACUCCUCCAGUGACUCUAGUGAUGAUGACAAGAAGAAGAAAAAGAAGAAGAAAAAGGACAAGAAGAAGAAGAAAAAGAAGGACAAGAAAAAGGAUUCAUCGUCUUCUUCUGAUUCAUCCAGUGACUCUAGUGAUGAUGAAAAGAAGAAAAAAAAGAAGAAGAAAGACAAGAAGAAGAAGAAAAAGAAGGACAAGAAAAAGGAUUCUUCAUCAUCUUCAUCCUCUUCAAGUGACUCUAGUGAUGACGAGAAGAAGAAAAAGAAGAAGAAGAAAAAGAAGGACAAGAAAAAGGAUUCUUCAUCUUCUUCAUCUUCUUCAAGUGAUUCAAGUGAUGAUGAGAAGAAGAAGAAAAAGAAGAAGAAGGACAAGAAGAAAAAGAAAAAGAAAGAUAAGAAAAAGGAUUCUUCUUCAUCUUCAAGUGACUCUAGUGAUGAUGACAAAAAGAAAAAGAAGAAGAAGAAAAAGGACAAGAAGAAGAAGAAAAAGAAGGACAAGAAAAAGGAUUCAGACUCUUCUGGUAGUGACAAAGACAAGAAGAAGAAGAAAGACAAAAAGAAGGAUUCAGGUUCUUCUGGCUCUAGUGACAGUGACAAAGAAAAUAAGAAAGACAAGAAAAAAGACAAGAGCUCUUGCUCCGGUAGUGACUCUGAGAAGAAGAGUCUGAGCUCAUUGGGUGAAAAACAGGAGGAACCUAAACUGGACUCCUCCUCCCCAGAACUCUCCGCUCUGAGCAGUUCCAAACCUGGGGCCUCUACCACCACCUCCAGCACCUCUUUCACUCCUCUGCCCUCCAAACCUGUGGUCACAAUGGACCCCCCCAGCCUCUCCACGCCCUCCUCUUCAUCCUCUUCUUCUCUUUCUGCUUCUUCUGAGUCCAAGCCCACCACCACCACCACGGUCACCUCCACUCUGCCCUACACCAGCCCAAUACGACGCCCCCCGAGCCCCAUGGAGUCACUGAUGGGCAGCCCCCGACGAUCCACAUCCACCACCACACAUCUGUCCAGCAGCAGCUAUAUCAGAAAAUAUUAGUUUAGAUUACUCUCAAGAGGUUAGAUUUUUAACAUGGGAAACACCUGUAGCUGUCUAAAAAGUUGCAAAGAUAUAUAUUUUAAGAUAGAAGGUAAAUUAUUUAGUAUAAUUUUAUUUGGUUACUUUAUUACAAUCAAGAGAUUAGAUUUUUAACAUAGAAAACAACUGCGUAACUGGAACAUGGUCAUCCUACUGAGAAGACAGUAGUUUAUUUUUCUAGAGGUUAAUUAGUAAAACAAAAAAACAGAAAAACUUUUACCUGUUUAGAUUAAAUUGACAAAGUUUAACCUGUGUGUGAUUGGGGUAAGACACCAAAAUGACUGGGAGAAUAUGUUUUAUCAAAUAUAUCAACUGUUGCUCAUAAAGUAUAUAAAAAACAUCUUUGUUCCUUUGUAACUAUAUUGUCAGCCCAAAACCGGUAGGACGUGACUGGAAUCCUAUUUAAACAUCUGAAGAAGAGACCCAGACAUUACGCUAGGAUUUGGCAAAUGCAUAAGAGAAAGAGCGCAUACUUUUACUGCUAAGUUAUUAAAGAGGAACAUGACACUUAAUGGGCAACAGUGGAUAUUGUAACAACUAUCAGAAAAUUCUCAUUUUGUUUUAACCUAAUCCCAAUUACAGCUGCAGUUUUAUUCUAAGCACCUUUUGAAAAUCAAACAUAGGUCAGGCCAAGUCAAAUGGAUAAAGCAAUGAUUUUGUUUUUUUUUGUUACUAAAAACAUAGAGGAGAUGAUAAUAUCAAGAGAUUAAAAGUUAGAGAAUACGUGGAAUGAAUUAUGCAAAGAAAUUGAGAGAGAAAGAGAUGGCAAUCGAGGCCUGAGUUUUGUUUUGUGGAGAAUUAAACAUGAUGUGAUUUACAUACAGAGUACAUGCUCAUUAGGCCUACAAUCUAUUCAAGAAAUGCAGAAAUCAGGAGAUAAAUACUACAAUGUGUGGAUGAUUGUUUUGUCAGAAAGGCAAUAAAGAAUGACAAAAGAUGAA